GUGAAUGAAUCUUUAGUUUUUGUUCUUUCAUGAUUUUCUUCCUCAUUCAUUCUGGGUUUUUUGACCGUUGCUUUUCUUCUAAAAACCCUUCUUUCUCUCUCUACUUUCUCUCUCUACCCUUCAUAAUCGUCUCUCCCACUGACACUACCUCUGUAAUCAAGCAUCUCUUACACUCUUCUCUGUUCUCUCCCGCCGGCCAAGAUUCAUCCAACCAGCCCAGAGAAACCUUAUGAGUCUGGCAAGAAACACACAGCAAUAUCCUUGUGAUUUCGGUUUUGAUUCGAGCUUGACGAAUUCGUAGUCUCUCAAAGUUUCCAACGGGGUCAAAUUGAGAUAUGGGAUGUUCCAUGUCGAAGCUGGAAGAUGAAGAGGCAGUUAAACUUUGUAAAGAUCGGAAGAGUUUUAUCAAACAAGCUGUUGAGCAGAGGAGACGAUUCGCUUGUGGACAUCUAGCCUACAUACAGUCAUUGAAACGAGUGUCUGCCGCUCUUCAUGAGUAUGUCAAUGGAUAUGAGCCUCGCGAGUUGUUAUUAGAUUCAUUCAUUACACCCCCUUUUACACCUGUGAAGAAAACAAAUCCUGGUUUUAUAUCUAUAACACCGAAUUCGUUCUCGCAACUUCCUAUCCAAUCUAAACCGAAUACGGUGGUGAGAGUAAAUUACCUGAGAUCAGGUGGGAAUGGGGCAGUUUCUGUAGAAGAGAGACCUCAGUCACCAGAAACUGUGAGAGUUCAAUCUUAUUCACCAAUGCAUCAGUAUGGAUUUGAUGGCUACUUCCCAAUGCAAUCCCCACCAAUGAAUUCCUCAUUCUUUUCUUAUUCUCCUAACAACAGACAAAAUAUCCCUCCCCCAUCACCCGAAAGUUCGCAAUGGGACUUCUUUUGGAAUCCAUUUUCAUCGUUGGAUAACUAUGGCUACCCCUCGCACAAUGGUCUCGAUCAUAUGGCAAUUGACGAUGAGAUCAGAGGGCUAAGACAGGUUAGAGAAGAAGAAGGGAUUCCUGAACUGGAAGAAGAUGAAACUGAGCAGGAAGACAACAGCAAUAGAGUAGACAACAGCAAUAGAGUAAGAGUAAAUCCCACGGAAGAAAGAACACGGACUGGCCAAAGUUGUUGUAGAGAGGAAGUUGUUGUUGAAGACGUGGAUGAGGACGAAGACGAAGAUGAUGAGGAUGAAGAUGAGGAUGACGAUGACGAUGACGAUGAAGAGGAAACAAACCAUGGAAGCGAGAUGGACCUUGAACCAGGUGUACAAUCUUGUGGUAAUGGGAAGAUUGAUGUAUCAAAGGUCCAGAAUGCUGGACCUAUUGCGAGUACAAGCCAAGAAUCAGGGGUGGCUCAUCCCGAAUCCAAGGAAGAAACACCAGGCUUUACUGUUUAUGUGAACCGAAAGCCAACAAGCAUGACAGAGGUCAUCAAAGAACUGGAAGCUCAGUUUAUAACGGUUUGCAAUUCAGCAAAUGAGGUCUCAGCACUGUUAGAGGCUAGAAAAGCUCCAUACAUGGCCACUUCAAAUGAACUUACAGCCAUGAAAAUGUUGAAUCCAGUAGCUUUAUUCCGCUCAGCUUCAUCUCGCUCUUCCUCGUCAAGAUUUCUAAUCAGCUCUUCAGUAACUAAAGAUGAAAGUGGUUACGAAAGCAGUGGCGAUAUAUCGGAAGAAUCCUGCUCAUUUUCACCCGGUCAUCAAUCGACAUUGGAUAGAUUAUAUGCUUGGGAGAAGAAGCUCUACCAGGAAGUGAGGUCUGGAGAAAAGGUUAGAAUCGCAUACGAGAAAAAAUGUAAUCAACUCAGGAACCAAGAUGUAAAAGGUGAAGAUCCAUCUUCAGUAGAAAAAACAAGAUCUGCCAUGAGAGAUCUCCAUACUCAGAUUAAGGUUUCAAUUCACUCCGUCGAAGCUGUGGCGAAAAGAAUCGAAAUGUUAAGAGACGAAGAGUUGCAGCCUCAACUUCUAGAAUUGGUUCAAGGGUUAGCAAGGAUGUGGAAAGUAAUGGCAGAAUGUCAUCAAUUACAGAAGCGGGCUUUAGAUGAAGCAAAGCUUCUACUUGCCGGUAUACCAUCAAAGUUGGAUGCUAGAAAGCUCUCUUCAGCACCAGUCAUUGAACCAAACUGGUUAGCGCGGGCAUCAGCCAAUCUCGAGACAGAGCUCAGGAACUGGCGAAGCUGUUUCGAGUCAUGGAUCACUUCUCAGCGAUCCUAUAUGCACGCAAUAACCGGAUGGCUCCUCCGCUGUGUAAACUCCGGUUCCUCAGACACUACAAAGCCCCCAUUUUCACCUCGCAGGUCAAAUACAUCUGCACUGCCAAUAUUUGGACUUUGCAUCCAAUGGAAGAGGUUCCUGGAUGAUAUCCAAGAGAAAGCAGUGCUAGACGGGCUUGACUUCUUUGCUGCUGGAAUGGGGUCGCUCCACGCACAACAACAGCAAAGAGACGACCCUCACCGGACUCAAGUUGGGUCCCAGAGAUACGAAGAGUCGGGUGGGAACAUGGAGAUGGUAGAGUUUGGGAAGGUUGAAGAGGUAAUGACUGCAGAAAAAAUGGCUGAAGUUGCCAUAAGAGUGUUGUGUGCUGGAUUGUCAUUUGCUAUGAGCUCAUUGACUGAAUUUGCAAUCAGUUCUGCUGAUGGAUAUAGUGAUCUUCUUAAGCAAAUGCCAAAAGGAGAUAAUAGCCAAAUAGCACAAUAGGCUCCUCAAGGUGAGAUUGGAAUGUAAUUAAUUACAAAUGCUUUAUUUGUAGCUUAGAAUUUAUUUUUUUGGUUGGGUUACAAUGGUUAGAAAUUUGCUUCAGAUGUAUUUAGUUGAAAUCUAACUUAGAUUUAUAUGAAGUAACCUGAAUGUAAUUUUUGCUACUCCCUAUCUAACUCUUUUGGGGUGUGAGUUAGUUCUUUGAUCAAAAUGGAUGCCGAAGUUGAUAUCAA